AUGAAUCCCGCAGCCUCAACCCCGUCCCGAGACCAGCGGCCCACGGUCCGUCUGGAUCAAGGAGCCUUCGUCGGCAUCACGCUCUCCGAACCAGAGUUCCUGCGCGGCGUGGAGGCGUUCCUCGGCGUGCCGUAUGCGAAGUGCCAACGUCUUCGUCGACCGGAGGCGCCGGGCCAGUCUGGCGAUUCGUUUGAUGCGGCCGAGUAUGGACCCGUGUGUCCUACCGCGGACCCGACGUACCCUGCGGAUGAAGAGGGGUGUUUGAACGCCAAUAUCUUUCGUCCGGCGGGGGGGAGAGUGGAGGGGAAGAAGGUUCCUGUGUUGGUUUAUACGCAUGGCGGUGCGUUCAAUUUUGGAAGGGGAGGGGACAGGAACCUUGCGGCGUUUGUCUCGUUUUCGAAGCGUGAUGUGGUUGCUGUGAGCUUCAACUACCGCCUCGGUCCGCUGGGUUUCCUACCGUGUGGGGUUGCCGCCGGAGAGGGCAUCGCGAAUCUAGGGUUGAUGGAUCAGAGGGCCCUGCUCGAGUGGGUGCAGCGCAACAUUGGCAAAUUUGGUGGUGACGAAGGGGAUGUCACGGUCAUGGGCUUCAGCGCCGGGGCGCAUUCGCUCGGCCACCACCUCCUCUCCCCGCCCUCCCGCCGCCUCUUCCACCGCGCCGUCCUCGAAUCCGGCGCCCCGACAGCCCGCUCUGUCCUCGCGGCCACGCAUCCCCGCCACAAAGCCCAAUUCACCCGGUUCCUAACCCACGCAGGCCUCUCCAAGCUCUCCGCAACACCAGAGGACAUCCUCCCCGCCAUCCGCGCCCUCCCCUUCGACAAACUCCUCCAGGCCUCGCUGAUGACUUGGUCAGAGUGCGCCCCCUCAAUCCAAUGGCCCUUCCAACCAUCCAUCGAGUCCAUCAACAGCAGCAACACCAACGAUACCAGCAUAAUCCCCCUCGCCCCAAUCAAAACCUGGACCUCGCCCGCCCUCCCAAACCUCCCACCCCUCCUAACAGGCUUCAACACCUCCGAAGGCACAAUGUUCGUGCCAGCAACAGCCUCCUCCCCAACAGCCCUCUCAGACUUCUUCUCCGCCCUCAUCCCCCCCCUCUCCGCCGCAGACCUCGACACCCUAGAAUCCCUCUACCCCCCGCCAUCAACGUACCCGCCUCCUCCGACCGCCUCCCACGGCACGCAGUUCCGGCGGCUGGCGCAGGCGUACGGGCAUUACGGGUAUAUUGCUCCGCUCCUGCACUCGGCGCACUUUGCCUCCAAGGCCGGGGUUGCCGGUGACGCUGAUGCUAACACACCCGCUCCGGUCUGGGUAUACGAAUACGCCGCCCACGCCGACCUCGGCGCCGCAAACCACGGCGACCACGUCCCCGCCGCAACGCACGACACGGACAUCCUGACCCCACACAAGACGCCCGGCCUGCUCGCCGUAUCGGACGCAAUGCACGCCCACUGGUCCACCUUCGCCACGACCUCGGACCCCAACGACACCGAGAACACAAAUUCCAGCGGUCUCGUCUCCUGGCCCCCCUUCAUCUCCCCCUUUGGCGACACCGCCGCGGACGACUACAUCCCCAGACCGGCAGACGACCCCACGGAGACGAGGGGCAAGAUCCUCGUCUUUGGCGAGGGCAACGACGAGCUCAUGGGCCGUACGGGACAGGGGCGCAGGGGCACCGUGGCGCGCGUGCGGACGCUGACCGAGGCCGAGGUGAGGCAGUUCCGGUUCUGGUGGGAUCGGGUUGGGUUGAGCGAGGGGAUGGGGGUCGCUGAAGAUGAGGGGGCCAAGUUGUAG